CAACGCCCCCGGCCAGUCUGCACGAGCUGCACCUGCCCGGCUAGCACUGUACGACACCGCUAGAGCGCGCCGCAUCUCGCCCGCCAGCCCCGAUCUCGCAAGCUUUCAUCGUUCGACACCCAGCCGACCUCCACCUCGCCGUUCUCGCCCGUCCUUCUUCUUGGUCCAGCGGUCACCAUGGCAGCAGCACCGCCAGUGUACCUGCCCUUCAUCGUCGCCCCGCCGCUCACCAGCUGCGAGGACGCCUACCUCGUCUUUGGGCAAGGUGUCGCGCCGUACUCGAUCAAUGUCAUCGCGACUGGCGAUGCCACCGGCGCCUCGCUCGAGGCGCUCCCCGUCCAGAAGACCAACACGCCGCUCAAAUGGGUCACCGACUUCCAGCCCGGCGCAAACUUGACGUUCGCCUUGACCGACGCUGCCGGGCAGCAGGCCUACUCGCAGUUCCGUGUCGUCCAGGUCGGCGCCGUCUCGAACUGCCCGAAGACCGACUACACGCCCAAGUUGUCGCCCAACAUCGGCGCCAUCGUCGGCGGCCUGUUCGGCGCCCUCGCCGCCAUCGCCCUCCUGUGCGCCUUCGUCUGGUGGCGUCGCCGCGCGUGGAAGAAGAGCCACCCGACAUGGGGCAACCGGUUCGCCGACAGCAAGGCGGGCUCGGUCGUCGACCCGGACGACGUCUGCCUCGCCGACGGGCCCGCCGGCAUCGCUCGCGCGGGCACGUUCAACCUCGCCCAGGUCGGCUUCACCGAGGACUCGCUCACGCGGUUGCGCGCCAUCGACACGCCGCCGGCGUACACGGGCCCGCCGAGGCGAGCGUCGCAGGACACGACGGUCGUGCCCGUCAUCGACGAGGAGGAGCACGAGUUGGCGGCGGCGCUGGCGGCCUCGGAGCGCGACGCCAUCACGGAAGAGGCUCGCAGGCCGUCUUCUUGAUCUCGCACCCUGUAUCUUAUCUCCAGCUGUAGCCCCACCCACACGUUUUACCUCUCACUCGCGCCUCUCACCUAAUUUAUUCGCCUUCCUUCAC